AUGACUAGCACGAAUUUGAAUUUCAUCACUCUAAAAAUCACGAAUCCUCAAUCUGGAGAUUUUGUAGUCAAUCAUCCCGACACGGACACAUUAAAAGAUUUGAUCCAAUCAAUUCGAGAUGGGUUGAAUGCUCGUGGGACCAAAAUUGACAAUUUUUGUGGGCCUUGCAAAGUCCCAUUAACGACUCCCCUCAAAGACAUGAAAAUGGAAACAUUAACUAUAAAUGUCGUUAAUUCUCAGAAAUAUCAAAAAACAAAAGGAGUUGUCCCAAAAGAAUUCGUCGAGAAAGAGCCAAUCAAGACUGAGAAAAAGACAACUUCGAAAAUCGAAACCACAACAUUAAAAACAGCUACAAAGGUAUCAUGUCAUAAAUGUCGCCAAAAAAGAGAUAUCGUUUACUUAUGUCCUAAGAAUGAAAAACAUAGGUUCUGCCCAAGAUGUGUCAACGGUGAAGCUUUAAAGAUUAUGGAGAAGGAUGGGUGCCCUGUCUGUCAGAACACUUGUCAGUGUUGCUUGUGUAAGAAAAGACCUUCUUCACACGUUGAGUGA